CAAGCUUUUCCAACCCCAUUCCAAAUCCGACUCAACUCGUAACUUUUGCGUUUUGUACUAAAUUUCUGCAACUCAAAGCACGCUUAUCAAAAAAACACCCACGAUCUCAUAUUUUACAUAAACAUUCAUAUCACGAAUCAUGUACGCUGUCGGUGCUACUGGAGUCAUCUCGGCCGGCUUUCCUGCCGCUGCGCUGACCAAGUACAAAUAUCCUGUUUUCCUGGCCUCGUCGCUGGAUACCGAGCACGACGCGUCGACCAGCCCGACUUUGUGCGGCCAGACGGAGGAUCCAUGCAAGUCCAACUGCGUACCCAGCAAUGUCCACAGCCGUGAAAUUUCGUUUGUGGACAUUGAUCCGACAGAGAUCAAUAUCACCCAGGCACUGGGCGGGCGGUCAUCCGAGACAAUCGAGUGCCUUCGCAUUAACGGCUGCCGGAUGAACAGCGCCGUAUUUGCAGCGGUGGUUGACGAACUGUGUCUCUUAGAACUUCCAAACCUGCACACUAUUGACAUCUCGAAGAACAAAGUUGGUGGCCCCCUGGCUGGCAAUGCACUGGCAAAGCUGCUGACACAUGCCACAUCGACGCGCUUCUUGUCGCUGGGAUGGAAUUGUUUGGCACUCGCCGAUUUAAAGGACAUAUGCCUUCCAAUCUGCGGCGUGAUCUCGCUGGAUCUGCGCUCUAAUCCGCUGAGCAAUUCAUUUGUCAGGCCCUCGAGCCGAAGCUCUUCCAGGAGUAGCAGCCGCCGCAAUCCCAAGUCUGAAAGCGCUGAUGCUAGCGUUGACACCAUGGCGUGGGUCAGUACGCUGGUAUCGUCGAUGCCCCAGCUCACACAUAUCCACUUGGCACAGGCGAGUAUUUCUGAUAAGGAAUUGACUGCCUUGUUUCACGCACUGACUCGCCCAUCGACCCGCGUGGAGUACAUCGGCCUCGAAUGGCUGGGUCUGGGCAGCCGCCUCGCCACCCUGCGCGCAAUUAUGAGCAGCUUGACUCCCGCGGCUGGCUUGGCAACGCACAGUAGCGCAUUGCAUGUCAACCUCGCAGCUAACAACCUUGGCGACUGCGGCGUUGAAAUUAUUUCCACCUCGGAUGCUAAACUGCCGUCGCUCACGCUGGCGUGCAAUUUCAUUACAGAGCGCGGGACGGGCAUGCUGGCCAAAUGGCUGCCUGCAUCCAGUUUGACUGCGCUUGAUCUGACGGACAAUUACUUUGGCGAUCAAGGAAUCGUCUCGCUGCUGGCUGUGCAUCCGGGUGUUAAACCAAACUCCUAUUACACGCAGAUCAAAUCGCUAGGUCUGAACAGCUGCUGCUUGGGCGACACGUCGCUGCGUAUGCUGGCCGACGCUAUUUCUUGCAAGUGGGCGCCUCUUGAGUCGUUGAGGAUUCUGCGCAACAGCAGAAUGUCAUCGAGUGCCAAAAUUACCCUGUGAGGCGAGUCCUGUAUAAAACAGUUUAUACUAUACUCAAAUCCAAACUGUCAACC